AUGCUUAUAUCACGGAAGUGCGUCAUGUGGGAUCUAACGUUGGGUCUAUGUGCGGCACCGCAACUGCAGAAGACGCAUUGGAGGAGUCGCGAGGUUCCGGAAUUGGAUGCGAUUGAGGAGGUAACGGAUGAAGUUGAAAGGGAGGAGAAGAUGAACUACAGCGCGGAAAGUGAAAAUGAAGUUGAAGAGAAAGGAGCAGAAGAAGAAAACAAAAAGGAAGAAAAUAGGGAAGAUGAGAGGGAUGUGGAGACGAGCUGCGACGCUCUUUUGGAAGAAGCGGGGGAGAAAAGUAACGACGAAACAUCGCUAGGCCGUCUUCAUUUUGAUGUGGAAGAUGUUGUACAGACACCAAUUAUGGCCACCCGUGUGACACAAUUGAAUGUGGAUAAACUCACUCAGACUGCAUUGAAUUCAAACGCACAGCUCAAAACUCAACCUUCCUCCUCCAAGUCCUAUGUCGCCAAACUCGCCUUGCUCGCACGCGUACCUUUUUUAAAUAUCGGCGCACUUGAAACACGACCUGCAAUCGAUCGAUACUCACUGGCUAUUCAAACGCAGUACGACAGGCAGGCACGUAAGAUGCAACGUCUGGUCGACCUAGCUGUUCAACUGCUCCUGAUUGAGGGAAUCCUCAUUUUUGUUCGUGAUUUUACAUCCAAUCCUAUGCUGAAUGAUUUCCUGCGUUUGACGGUUUGCCUUCUAAAUGGAUGUGUUUUCAACGCCGUUUUCAAAUCUAAUCUGAUGAUUUAUUCUAUGUUCAAAAGCAACCAUCACUUGAUGUGUUGGAAGCGGUACAAUCUACGAUUUAUCGAACUUUCGACAUCACUAUUUUUUCAACAAUCCCUCGAACUUGAUUCCAGAGGAUAUGCAUAUAUUCCCAUUAAAAACCACCCGCUUUUGAAUUCCAAUACCACGGGGGCAUGUGAUGGCGAACCUGAAAUCGAAACCAAAGAUUCUGGGUCUCUGGACGUAACAGCAAAAGCGGACUCACCUGAGAAACUUGAAUUGGUGGAAUCGAGAAGUAGUAAGUGA